UUCUGUGCAGCAUGUUUUCUGCAUGGAACUGGGUGGCCCAUGGCUUAUAUCUGCUCUUGAAUAUUUGUUUUCUUGAAGUUUCAGGUGGACUUGUACAGUCAUGUGGUCACAUCAUCCCAGAGUCUCCUGUAUUGGCCCUUGGUUCCAAUUUCACAGCAUUAUGCAUUUUGAAUGAGAGUUGUCUUGACUUUGGCAAUAUCUAUGCUAAUCAAAUUAUCUGGAAAAUUAAAAAUAGAGUGGUACCGAAAGAACAGUAUCGUGAAAUAAACAGAACAGUUUCCAGUGUCACAUUUAAUGACACUUCUUCACUAGCUACUCCUCUGACAUGCAACAUUUUAGCAGAUGGACAGAUUGAGCAGAACAUCUAUGGAAUUACAGUUACAAUAGGCUUGCCCCCAGAGAAGCCCAAGAACUUAAGUUGCAUUGUGCAUCAGGUGUCAAAACUCACAUAUCCUAUGACUUGUACCUGGAACCCUGGAAGGCAUACAUUCCUGGACACUCACUUUAGGUUGAAAUACAGAUGGCCACAAGAGAACUUUCCUGACUGUAUACCAAAAGAUGUAAACAAUUCUUGUACAAUUACUGAUGUUCAGUUCUUUGUUAACCUGGAGGUCUGGGUAGAAGCAGCAAAUGCUCUUGGGAAGGCUGAAUCUGAUCCUCUUGUUCUUGAUCCCAUUGAGAUUGUUAAACCUCUGUCUCCACAUAAUUUAUCAGUCAACUCAGGAAUACUACCUACUGUUCUGAAGCUUUCUUGGGAGAAUCGGAUUUCAGCCGCUGUGAUGAAGCUGAAAUUCAAUAUUCGCUAUAGGAUCAUUGGUGACACAAACUGGAUGCAGGUUCCUCCUGAAGAUACAGCUUCACCAAGAACUUCAUUCAGCGUUCAAGGGCUCAGACCCUACACAGAGUAUGUCUUUUCAAUUCGUUGCAUGAAGGAAGAUGGAGUGGGCUACUGGAGUGACUGGAGUGAAGAGAAGACUGGGGUCACCACUGAAGAUAAACCAUCUAAAGGACCACCCAUAUGGAGGAUCAUUGAUGCAUCUCGCUCACCAGCUUCCUGGACUGUGCAUCUGAUGUGGAAGGCAUUGGAGCCAUUUGAAGCCAAUGGAGUAAUCUUGCAGUAUGAAGUGACUGUCAGGGCUAAAUCAUCUCUCUCCAGUCCACCAGAGAAAUACAGUGUUAAUACCACCAACCUUACAUUAAAGCUGCCAAAUGGAACUUACGAAGUGACUGUGAUUGCCCGUAACAGAGUCGGGGCAUCCCCUCCAUCAGUUUUACUUAUCCCAGCAAGUAAUUCAAAAGCCCCUGUGAAGAAUGUUAGAACGCUACCUAAAGAUGGCAAGUUGUGGGUAGGGUGGACUGCUCCUAACAGUUAUGUUCUUAAAUAUGUGAUUGAAUGGUGUCUAGUGUCCAACAGCUCAGACUGCGUCACAGAAUGGCAGAACGAACCAGGAAAUGUUCAAGGAACAUACUUAAAAGGUGAUAUAAAGCCGUUCAAGUGUUACUUGAUAACUGUGUACCCUCUAUAUGCUGAUGGUCAGGGAAGUGGACAGUCUGUGAAGGCUUAUCUUCAGCAGGAUCGUCCUUCAAAAGGACCAACUGUUCAGACAAAAAAAGUAGGAAAAGCUGAAGCUGUUUUGACAUGGAACCAUCUCACAGUGGAUGAACAAAAUGGGUUUAUCAGAAGUUACACCAUAUUUUACAAAACUAUCGAUGGAAAUGAAACAGCUGUGACAGUGGAUCCUUCCAAGACAGAGUAUACCCUUUCGUCUCUAACCAGUGACACACUGUAUACUGUGCGGAUGAUGGCAUACACAGAUGAAGGAGGCAGGAGUGGUCCUGAUUUUACAUUUACUACACAAAAAUUUGGGAAGGGGGAAAUUGAAGCCAUAGUUGUACCUGUGUGUCUAGCGUUCCUGUUGAUUGUGCUCCUUGGAGUUUUGUUUUGCUUCAACAAACGUGACUUAAUUAAAAAGCAUAUCUGGCCUAUUGUCCCUGAUCCAUCCAAGAGUAACAUUGCUCAGUGGUCUCCUCAAGUUCCAGCUAAGCAUAACUUUAGUUCCAAAGAUCAGAUGUACCCAGAAGGCAGCUUUACAGAUGUAAGCGUCGUAGAAAUAGAAGCUGAUGACAAGAAGUCUUUUUCAGAACAAGAUUUAAAACCCUUUGAUUUGCUUAAAAAGGAGAAAAGUACUUCAGAAGGGCACAGCAGUGGUAUUGGAGGAUCCUCGUGCAUGUCUUCUCCUAGGCAGAGCGUCUCUGACAGCGAUGAAGGUGAAGCUACACAAAACACUUCAAGCACUGUACAGUAUUCAACUGUAGUACUUAAUGGCUACAGAGACCAAACACCUGUACAAGUCUUUUCAAGGUCUGAGUCGACUCAGCCACUGCUAGAUUCAGAAGAGAGGUCAGAGGAUCAUGCUGGAGGAGGUGACAGUGCAACACAGAGGCAGCAGUAUUUCAAACGAAAUGGUGGUCAGGAUGAAACCAACGCAGACAGGCCAUGCUUUGAAAGAACAAAGCAAAUUACUCCUGCUAAUGAGGGGGAUCUUGUUGGAUUUGCACAACUGCAGAUCUCAGGUCAGAGUUCACAGCUGUUGGGCAUUGAGCUGGAAAAAAAUACCCAGGAAGCUGCUCUAGCAGAUGUUUUACAGACAAGUACUGAAGGACAAACUGUGAGACCUGAAACAGUGGAGGGAAGUCCACUGUCAGUUGAUGAAAUGCCAAAAAGUUACCUCCCGCAGACUGUGAGACAAGGGGGCUACAUGCCUCAGUGAGAGAAGAGACUGGCUCUGUUUAGGCCUUCCUUAGUGCCUGUUCACACUUUCUCCUGUGUUUCUGAUAAAUUAAGCUAGGUUUUUUAUCUGAAUGCAGAUAGAAAUACUGAAAUUAAGUGAAGAGUAAUUUGACAAAGUACAGUAAGGACUGUGUUUUUGUGGAAAACUUGCAGUCCAGACCUACUGGAGACUUACUUUUAUGCACUACAUAAAAUCUUAUGUCUGGAUAGCUGAACAAGCCUUUGUGCUACCUUGGGUUUUUUGUCUUGUCAUACCAGAUCUACACAUGACUGAAAAUGGCAAGUUUCAGUUAAUCACAUCAGCCAAUAGACCUAGAAGAAAUACUUCAAUUUGUAACAGUGUACAAGCCUAAAAAGCCAGCUUUAGUUGCCUGGAGCAUCUUUGUGCAGAAGUAAGACUGAAGCUUAGUAUUCUAACAUGAAAGAAUACUUGUGUCAUAUACUUUUCAGUAGCUUGAUUGACUUUCUGAAUUUUGACUUGGCUCAGUGUCUCAGUUUCCAGCUUACCAGACGUGCAAAUCAUGUUCAUCCCUGUUGAAAAAUUAUAAAAAAUAAAUAGAACUUGCUAUGGUGUGCAAAUAAGAAAACACCAUGAUUGCUUGACUCUGAGCUACUAUAGUAAUUGAUACUCUGCCUACAUUUAGAUAUGUGUGCACAUGAGCUAUAUAAUGAUUUGGCCUAAAAAUGUACCUUGCAACUUGACGCACAGCAAUUCAGUCUCAUGUUCAAAAGUUUAAAAAUACAGAUGAAAACACAGAUUAACAGUUAUUUAAAGGUUUUGUACCCAAAUCACUGUCUGAUUAUACCCUACCUCUCUGGUCAUAUAAAUUGCCUUUGUUUAAUAAGUGCACCUUUGCUGUAUACAGCUUGAGAGACAAGUAACAAGCUGUAAGUUUUUACUGUUUUUCUAACUGCUCAGGAGAAAGGGAAUGUGACCUUCUUCCUGAUUGACUACAAUAAGUGUGCUGUAACCUCACUGCUAAUGCUGCAGGACCUCCUUGAAACUGAAAGCAGCAAAAAACAAAGCAUUGAAGUCAUUGAAGCUCUCAGAAGCAAAACCAAAACUUUAUACCCUGAAUUUGAAUGUUACUGGUAGUAUAGGCUAUAGUAUAUGUUACUAUAGGCUGUAUCUAUUAGCAAUCGUGAGCCACAAAUAACACUUACGUGGUUGUUAAAAUUCCUCACUUUUCUCUUAUGUCUCACUUUUCCCCUGUUCGUACAGUUUGCAUUUUAUUGAAGAAGAUACAUUUCUUGGAGACUGUCUCUACCAAUGUUUAAAGAAAAGUGAAAUUAAUUAAAAUCAACCCCUUCUCUGAUGAUAAUUAGAAAUUUUAUGGCACUCUUGUAGAUUUUUUUUUUUAACCUUAACUUAGUCUAGUCAGCUUUCUAACCUGACACUAAUAAAACCUUAAUUCAAAACACUAUAUGCUGUGUUGUGAGAAUAAAACAAUGGUUUUAUUUCUCCUUCAGCAAAAGAAUGUAUUUAAGACCACCUGAAACCUUUUGUGCUGUGACCUCUGGUGCUGCUGUUCUGCAAAGCACUUGCUAAAGGCCCUGGAAAGGCAGGUGUCAGUAUCAUUUCAACUUCCCUUGUCCUUGUAUGCCAGCUUGCAUGAAAGGACAGGUAUACAUAUAAAUGUUCACAUGUGCCUUCUGUUACAAAGAAAUUCAAUGUUUGAAUAAAUUCGUAAGAU